CGGGGACAGCUCAUCCAAGCGCCGGCCCCUGCCAUGGAGCGGCUGACUUUGCAACCGGGGGCCGCCGCAGCCAUAGACGAAUACCUGGAAUACAAGAGAAUUGUAGGCGAAGAUGAUGGAGGGGAACUUUUUACUCCUGAAGAAUAUGAAAAGUACAAGAAAAAAAUGUUACCAAUACGGUUACAAAACAGACUGUUUGUGAGCUGGAGAUCACCAACUGGCAUGGACUGCAAACUUGUGGGCCCCGAAACCCCUUGUUUUUGUACUCACAGGUAUAAACAACACAAAACAGACUUUGAAGAGAUCCCAAAGGAACGUCCUAUUUCUUUACCCUGUAGGGUGGGCCGUUGCCCAUGCAAAUCUUAUAACUUCAUUCCUCUCAAUGGGACUCAACCCAUCCGCUGUAGAUGUAAGCACUUUGCUGAUCAGCACAGUGCGGCACCUGGGUUUCCAUGCAACACAUGUUCCAAAUGUUCAGGGUUUCACAGUUGCUUUACUUGUGGAUGUGGGCAGCCAACAUAUGCUCAUGAAACAGUAGUGGAAACAAAAGAGGAACGCUUAGCCCAAGGAAAACCAGUGGGGCAAGAUGUCCCAUAUGCCGCUAUGGGAGGACUAACUGGCUUUAGUUCACUAGCAGAAGGAUACAUGAGACUUGAUGACAGUGGGAUAGGAGCACCUUCCGUCGAGUUCCUAGAAUCUCCUGUAACCAACAUGGAUCAUCCCUUCCUAAGAGCAUUGCAGGGACCUUCUAGUUCCACACAAGGACGUCCCCCAGUUAACAGAUGGAGGUGCAAGUACAGCAAUGCAAGUUGCCUCUAGAAGACCGACGAAGAUGACAUGGCUUAUUUGAAAGACAGUAUCA